AUGUAUGAGGAUAUCUCUAGAGCCAUGCAUUCCUCCAAAACCCACUAUACGGUGUUAAUGGGAGACUUCAACGCAAAACUAGACACAAUAGAGAACGGUGAACUGAAAGUAGGGAAAUUCGGUAUAGGGAAACGGAAUCAAAGGGGCCAGCAACUGGCCGACUUCAUGGAGAAAGAGGGACUCUUUAUGAUGAAUUCAUUCUUCCAGAAGCGGCCCCACAGGAAGUGGACAUGA